CCCUGAGCCCUGGGAGAGCACGUUCUUUCCCACACUCUUUGUCCUGCACGGGUCUCUGGGCCAGUCCUGAGGGGCCCUGAGCAGGCAAGUGGAGAGGAGCUGAGCAGGGCCGCCCCGCCCCUGCCCAGCGGGAAAGCAGCCGCCAAGUCUGACAGGGCCAGAGGGACAGUCCCAUGCUGGUGAGGCUCAGAAGGGACCUCCUGCUCUCAGCUUAGAUGUGGGGUGGUAAUCUGGGGCCGGCCAGGUGGCAGCAGAUCAGAAUGGAUCCGGAUCAGGAUGGAGAUGGGAAUGAGGAUCUCACUGCUGAGCCUCUAGGCGCCCAGCCAGCACAGCACAGAAGCGCCUCGGGUCUUGGGGCUCACGUGAGCUGUCUAGGAGCCCCUGAGAUGGGUGUGGGAGGCACAGAUCCACGCAGAGGACCAGAGAAUCAUCCCGACCACUGCUGGCACUUUCCAGGCCAUUUCCUAGCUGACAACCACUCUGAAUUAUGUGACUGCCUCCUGCCACCUGCAGCCUGAGGAUCAUUUUAUGACUGAUGACUCUGCAGGGCUUAGCCCCUACCACCAGCCCACCCCAUGAUCAGGAAUCCAGGCCCCUGUGUCUCUGCUGCUCUGAAGUAUGAAGUUCUGUGAUCCUCUGAUCUUCCUUUCAACUGUCAUAGACCUUUUCCUGUCCUGGGUUUCCGUAUCCUGUUUUCAUCUGCUACAAUUCCACCCACCAUCUUCCACACCAGUGUGUUCUGUAGCAGCCUGCCUUUUAGAGUAUCUCCAUCCUAUGAAGGGCCAAGCUGUAAAGAUGGUGCACGUGACAGACGUUUUGGCUAUCUUGAAGAAUCCCCAGCUCUUCCACCUACAUGAUCAAGAAGAGAAUCCAGAAACCAUCCCCAUAAGAAGUCCAGGGGCUCUGAAAGCUUCUCAUCAAACGCUUAGGCAUUUUCAGUAUCUUCCAGUGACUGGGUCUCACCCGGCUGUGAGCCAAAUCCAGGAGCUCUGCCGGCAAUGGCUGCAGCCCGAGACCCACACCAAGCAGCAGAUGAUGGAACGACUGGUGCUGGAACAGUUUCUGAGCACCCUACCGGAGGAGGUGCAGACCUGGGUGAGGUCAAAACAGCCUAAGAACAGCAAGGAGGCAGGAGCCCUGGUGGCCGGCUUGAUCCAAGCAUGUGGGGAGAAAGGUUUCCCUGCUCAGGACUUUGUCCUUGCCGAAAAGAGGAACACCAAAAAACAAAAGAAGGACACAGAGAUGUCUGAAAACCCCUUAUCUGCUGGACCCCAGGAGUUGGUGACUUUCCAGGAUGUGGCUGUGGACUUCAGCCUGGAGGAACUGACCUACCUUAGUGCUGCUCAGAGGAAUCUCUACCGGGAGGUGAUGCUGGAGAAUUACAGGAACCUGGUCUCCUUAGGGUACCAGUUCUCUAAACCCGACAUUAUCUCACAGCUGGAAGAGGAGGAGUCACAUGUAAUGGAGGAAGACAGCGAUACAGAGAUGCAUCCCGAUCCUAGGGACCCUUCCAGGGAAGACCAGAGACAGCCGGCUUACCAGGGGCCUUGCAGUCAUAAGCCCAGAACAUCAACCGGUUUACCAGGGGCAUCGCAGUCACAAGCCCAGAACCAUGCCCUGCUCUUCAGAGACCCUCUACUGGUGGAGAAGGAAAGAGCGAAGCCACUCUUGAAAGACAUUUGAUAUCUUGCAGCUGAAUGCACUCUUCCAGAGACAGGUAAGUACAGUACUUACGCUUGGUGAGAUACCCAAUUAUGGUGCCGUGUCCUCCUUUGACUAAAAGGUGGCUUGUCCACCAUUCCUUCUCAUGCCUCAAGGAUUGGAAAUGUUCAGAGUCAACUCAUUGCAGAGAUUCCAGAAGACAAUACUUUAGUCUCAGUUUUGUAUUUUCUGAGAUAAAGUGAUUUGGCUUUUCCAUAGAUUUUAGCAGCUGCCUCAUACAAUUCCAAUAGUUUCAAUGUUUUUGCUUAAGUUAUCCAUUCAUUGAUUCCACCAGCAAAUCUUUGUUGAGUGCCUACUAUGUGCUAGGCACUGCUCUGAGCACUGCUGAUAGUGUAGUGAACAAAACAGACCAAAGCCCUUUCCUCAUGAAACUUACAUUCUGGUGGGAAAGUCAUACAAUGUACAAAGUUCAUGAAGUACAUAGCAUGUCUAGUGGUGAUAAAUGGAAUGGAGAAUUAUAUAGCAUGUCUAGUGGUGAUAAGUGCAAUGGAGGGGAGUGUUGGCUUCAGGCAUGGCUGAAUCUAGCAGAUUCAGUGAUAUCAGACUAUAAAAGCUUGGAAAGGAAUAGAGAAUGCCUGGGUAUUUUUGCCUCUCUGCCCCCAGAUCUGUAAGGGAAUUUGAGUCCAAAGAAUAAGCAAUGGCCCAGGAGGCUUGACUUUCAUAAGCUGAGUGAGAAGGACCCAAGGAGUUAAAUCUUGAUAUUUUCCAGGCAGAAAGAAAAUAAUAGCAAAAUCAUGAUAAUAAUAAUCACCAUCAUCACCAUCAUCACCACCAUCACCAUCACCAUCAUCAUUACCAC